AUGCAUAUCAAAAGUUCAAACUCGUCCUUGCGAGCAUGCGAAUUCUUGACGGGUGAGGAACUUGGACCUGCGCUUCGGCGGAGAUAUCAUGCACUGGCAUUUUCGUCCCAAUGGAGCAGAAACAAAGUACGCAAGACCAGCAAGCUUGGUUGGGAGCUUCUAUCACGCUCUGCUUCAUCCUGUCUCAUCUCUCCAAACACUCGUUCGUUCGCUCGCCCGCUCGCCCCACUAUCACUUUCCACCACACGCAAAUCUGUUCGCUGGCUAACAUGUCAUCUGAAGCGCCCAGAAUUGCUUACCCGACGUCUCAGUCUACAUCUCGACAGAACUUGCGCGUUCCGCUAAUCCGCAAGCCGGCACCGCCAAAACCUCCCCUUUACUACCGCACAAGCUUUCUGUGACAGCCAAGGGUGCUUCUUUAGCUCAAUUUCCAGGCGAUCAGCAAACUUCCCCUCACACGUCCAACCAUCUUUCGAGACGACCUCCAGCACGUACCCACUGUGGAGAAGCCGCCAAUACUCUUAUCCACCCGUACGUAUCCACCGGAAUUUUAUAA